UUUUUUAAAUGGAAACUACCUAAAUUUAUAUCUUCAAUGGAUAUCCCAUUUUCCACAAUGCUGCCUUAUUCUUUAAAAGAAGAAAUUCUACAUUUGCCAAUGAAUGACAGCAGAAAAUAAACACAGUUUUGUUUAAAGCAACAAAUCUUCCGAAAGAACCCUGAAUCAUGAUGCGGGGGCAGGAGGGGCUGUAGGCUGGCUUUGUUGUCGUCGUCAUCGAGGUGGGUGGAGGAAUGACAGGGCAUAUAAGCACCUGGUAAAAUUCUCAAACACAUCAAUACAAACAGGCUCCCUCGCCAGCAGCGACUAUGGUCACCAGGCUCUUGUAUACUGUUUCAGAGACGUUUUAUCCAAGGAUGCCCAUGCCCACGUGCACACCUACCUUUUCCUACAUAAAUAACACCACCCGACACUCAGUCCUACAUCCCUCGUUCCGUACUUCUUAUCGGGGAUGCUCCUACAUCACCAUCAGCACUUAUAGAUCAACCCCAGCCGCGAAGGACCACACUACAGUGCUCCCCGGCUCGGCAUGCCAUCAUCUAUUUAUCGUCUCCCAUUGAUGAUGGACACCUGCUUCCACACCUUUAGCGACUGCAGGACCCUCACUACACCUGUGUGAGGAAUAAGCGCCUAGAAGCUUCCCUGCUGAAUCAGAGCAUGGUGUGCCAAGCAGUACCAUGUCCACACCCAGGAUCCGAACUGGCGAACCCCGGGCCACUGAGAAGCAGAACGUGUGAACUUAACCACUGCGCCACCAGGCCAGCCCCGGAAGUGAAAUAUUUAAAGUGUUGCAAGGAAGAAAACUACCAACCUGGAAUUCUGUAUCCAGCUAAAUUAUCCUUCAAAAGUGAAAGAGAGGACUCAGACAAAUAAAAACGGAGGGAAUUUGUUGCCAGUAAUUCUGCUUUUCAAGAAAUGUUAAAGAAAUUCUUCAGAAAGAAGGAAAAUAAUAUAGGUCUGUAACUCAGAGCUGCAUAAAGAAGGAAGAGUGUUAGAGAAGGAAUAAAUGGAGAACCCAAGACAUCUUAGUGGGCUACAUGAGGACUUUGGAUGGACGCAGCUUACAUAUAGGGUAAAGAGUAUCUUGAAGUGAAUAUGCAGAAUCAUUUUCAUUAAUUUGUAUUUCAACCUUGGUGUAUUUUCUCCUUCUUUAACUAAUGACCAGUAAUGAACAUAAUUAAACAAUAUGUAACUAAAAGUCUAUUGAACAGUAUUAAAGCUCAAUACCUCCAUAGCAGCAGCAGUAUUUAGCUAUGACACACCAGCUAAAUGAGGAGGAGAUCACGUGACUGGGCCAUCCACACACUUGUCAGACCUCCACCAACUACUGUGAGUGUGUGUGCCGGGUCCACUGUGAGGUUCACCGAUUGCAUUUCCAUGGAAGAUAUUCAAUAUAUAUUCCAAAAAAGAACAAAAAUGAAAAAGAUGCUCCUUUGCCUUGAACGGUGCUUCUAACCGCACUGAGAUGGGAUGCCUAUGUCUGUGAAACAUAGCUCCUUCUACCUUCUGUCUGUGGCCAUUCAGCUGAGCUUACACUGAAGUUCAUUCCCUGCCAACCAGACGAUGUCUUCACCUACCACCUCACAGUAGUCUUAAUCUAGGACAGUGAUGACACAGAAAAGCUUGUGACUGCUUCUCGUUGCCCUAGAAAUCAACCAAGGCAUCCCAGAGGCUCAACAGUAGAUAGUUGAAAGUCUGAAAGAAGGCCAGAAAGCUUAAUGGCUGGAAAACAGUACUUUACAGUUCUGAGAAUGAGAGAUUAGAGGGUAGAAGUGAGAGCAGAUGAUCAAAGGAAAAGAGUGAACGGCAACGAUGUUGUUCAUAAAGCUGGCAAUAGAUAGGGCAAUGGCUAAAACAAAAGACACCGAAGAGAAACAGCAGGAGGCUACAAGAACAGUGGAAGUGACCAAAAGUGCUGUGAGGAGAGGAGGCAGUGGGGGUCUAUGGAAGGAUCAACCAGCAGUCCAGACCCCACCCUCACACCCUCCUUCGGUGACAGACUCAGAAUGGUUGGAUCUGAGUGCAGAAGAACAACUGGCCUGGGCCAAAAAGACUCAAGACCCUCGGAUUGCAGUAGGUUCCCAGUCCCCACUAGAAAAGAAGAUUCAGAGUUUAGGUGGUGUCCAUUCUUCAGAAGUGAGGAAACUGUUAGCCCAAAAGUUUCAAAAGGAGAAUGAAACACUUCAUAAACUUAAGGCCAUGUCUUUUGACUUCCGGUUUGCCAGAGCAGAGGCAUACUACUAUCAACGAUACCAAGAAAUGAUGCUGGAAAACCCAUGGAAAUACAACAUGAUUCCAAAAUGGGAAAUUAAAAAAGAGGAAAAGAGACCACAAAGUAAAAAAACAAAAGAUGCUAAAAAAUGGGACAAUGUAGUGCCUGAGAGGGAGCUGAACCAGAUAGAGAAACACAUACACCGAGCCGAACGAGCCAGAGGCCUCAGGGAUCACAAGUAUCGACUACUCCCUCAAAGAAUUCCAAGUGAAACACUUCUCCCCAAAAUAUUAACACUCGAGAAGGACAAAAAGACUGAAACUAUCCAGAAAACACCCAAAACUAAAAUCAAAAAGCACAAGAUAGCGUGGGCAAAGAAACAGAUAAAGGGACAUCGAGAGCGAAUGAUUCGAGGGAGAGAACUCACAGAGCAAAGAAAUGAUAAAGGAGCCGCUCAGAAACUCUCUACCCGGGGUCCUCCUUUCCGAAAAUCUCAAGCAGAGAAAGAGGAAGUGAAAGAAUUUGAAUGGGUCACAGCCUAUCCAAUUGCCCAGCCUUACCAGGAAGAACUUCUAGAAGUGACUGUUCUGAUGGAAAAGUCAAAAGAAGAGGAUCAAAUUAAAAAACCACUCCGAAGAGAGGUCUUGAGUAUGCCACCGUUUUUGAGAAGUCAACUAGAAAAAAAUAAAGUUUAAAUUGUUUUCUAGA